AUGUUUUGGAGGGCAGGGCAUUUUCUCGCUGAGUUCCGUAUUCUUUUUCCGGCUUCACAAUCAAACGAGGACAAACUAUUGAACACUGUGAAAGCAGGGAACUUGGGGGCUAUGAGGGUACGUUUCUUCAGAAGGUUUGUGAAGCUCCUCACUCUCAUGGUUCUAGUUGUGAUUGCUCUGUCUGCUUACGUGUUAGUUGCGAGAAAUGUACAUGUUAAGCAACUUACAAAGGCAAGCCCCCUUCCUGUGCAAGAAGACAGACUCCUGUCCCCUGAAACAUACACAUAUAUUUUCAAUGAACCUGACGCUUGUAAGAAGAGAAAUCCCUUCCUGGUGUUUAUGGUCCCAGUGUCACCUCAGGAUUAUUCGGCAAGGGAAGCCAUAAGAGAAACAUGGGGUGCCGCAAGUAAAGACACAAUAACACUGUUUUACAUAGGAGUGCCUGAGGGGGGGCAGGUGAGGACCAUUCAGGACAUGUUAGUGCAGGAGAAGAGGAAAUAUUCAGAUGUUAUCCAGAUGAACUUUGUGGACACAUACAAGAAUCUCACAGUCAAAAGCAUGAUGAUGAUGAACUGGCUGGCAACCCACUGCCCCAAUGCCUCCUAUGCCAUGAAGGUGGAUGCCGAUAUAUUUGUGAACGUAUUCUACCUCAUCAAAUUACUGAGCAGCUCUCGAAGGAGCGGUUACAUUACAGGAUCAGUAAUAACUGACGGCAAGCCGAGGAGAAACCUCAACAGCAAGUGGCACCUAUCAGAGGAGCUUUACUCCGAAAACAGCUUCCCUCCUUAUGUGUCAGGUGCUGGGUACGUCUUCUCCAUUGACUUGGCCGCCAAGGUCUCAUGGGCUUCCAGGUACGUCCGGAGGGUCCCUCUAGAGGACGUCUACGUGGGAUUGUGUCUGCGUGUGCUUGGUGUACGACCUGUCUUCGCAAGAAAAUGGCUGGGAUUCAGGAACCUCUUUGAAAUUGGGAAUCUGGAGUAUGACAGGUGCGCUUUUGCCAGACUUGUUCUCGUCAAUGGCUUUACGCCUUCCCAACUGCGACAAGUUUGGAGGGAUUUUUCACAGGGUUAUAAAAGAUGCUGGAUUUGAAUGAAGUGCUUCAGAGUUGGAUCUCUUUCAGAGUUUGAAACAAACAAGUUUAAGUUUAAAAGUGCAUGUAUUGGUAGCGAGAGUAAAUAUAACCUAUGUGUAUUGGCACUGUCAAAAUACACUUUCUCGCUCACUUCAGAAACACCAUAUUUAUUUAAGUUGGCUGUAUAACUGACAGUGACAAUACGACAACAAAUAGUAUCCUAAUAAUUUGAAACCAAAUAACAUCCUGCUGAUAUAUCUUUUGUCUUAAAAGCCCAUCCUAAGUGAGAAUGUUUUCGCAAUCUGUUGGCAAAUUGAAUACCCGAGAAUGUCCAUUUUGAUGAGCAGGAGACUGGAAGCAAUCCUUUGUAAUCCUCACAUAGCCAAACUGGUAGCUGCUCAUUUUUAAGGCCCGGAAUAUUUAGUGUCCUCAAAAAUACAAAGGUUAGUCAAAUGUGACGAUGUCCUGCUUAAAGAUGUAUGUAGUUUUGGGAUUUCUACUUUCACAUAAUUCACUCUUACGAUACGUAUGCGGUGUGAGUCUAAUAGAUGGGAGUUUGACAUUUUUCCUCAUGUAAACAACAUUGAAACUCUAUAGCAGGGGUGUCAAACUCAUUUUUGUCUCGGGCCGCAUUGUAGUUAUGAUUUCCCUCAGAGGGCCAUUAGAACAGUGAAACUAUAUAAAUAUUUAAUCACCAAAUCAUAUUAUUACCAUUACACAACCAAUUGAGGGAUAGUUUUGAAAUCAGAAGACAAGGAUCAUAGAUUGUUCAAGUAUUGUUUAAGUUACUGUAGAAAAAGGGUUCGGUAACAGAAAAAUGCACUAUCUCAACAUUAUUGUUGACUAUUAUGACAAUUUGGAAUUUGGGUACAGAUUUGAGCAAAAAUCACGGAGGUUGUUGAGCAUGAUUUGCUUUCGCGGGCCACAUAAAAUGAUGUGGCGGGCCGCAUCUGGCCUUGAGUUUGACACCUAUGCUCUAAAGAAUCACCAAAUAUAUGUGUUUGUGAUGAAUUAACCAAUUAAUUGUACUUCAGGGGCUGCUCUAGUUUAGGCAUGAAUGCCAAAGCGUCUGUUACUGAUUUUUACCUUUUAGUGUCUUGAUCCGAAGUGCUGGAAAAUUCCUCAAGAAAACUGGUGUGUUGUGAUUCUAUGCCUCUUGAAUCUUCCAUCAGUACCUGCUGAAUAUUUGUUCCCCAUACUUUAAGUCAAAGAUUGGAUGAAGUCACCCAUAACUAACGUUAUGUGACAUUGCAUUCCUCCUUGGGGAAUAAAAAGGACAAUCAUUUUAUCUAAACUAUGUAAACUUGACAAAAAAAAUGCUGCUUUACAGAUGUAAGUGCCUUUUUAUCAUUACUGUGUUGCAUAUAUUGGCCUGUUGUUUCACUGUGGCCAAUUGGCGGCAGUAUGGACCAGUGUUUUUGCAUCAACUGCAGCCAAUAGUGACCUUUAAAUUGGAGCGCAAGAAACAAUGAAAAAAACUCUCUGAUGCCUUUAAAUUCUGCUUGUUUUUUUUCUUGCUGCUGACUAAUAUAUCUACCAAAGCACCUUAUUCUCAAAAAGACCCUGUGGGACAGGAAGAACUAAAUAAUGCAGGGGGAACCUUUUGUACCCUGGUAGUUUUUCGUGGUAGAAACACUCAUGGAACUCUAUCUAACAAGAUAGACAGGGAAGUUCCUCAAAAGGUUCCUGCAGUGAAAAAGAGGAUAACUAAGAAAGCUGUCUGAUGCCUUUAAAUCCUGAUUGUUUUUUUUUUGUUGCU